AAAUCUCCGAUUUUCUAGGGUUUGCGCACGCCCAAAGACCAUAUUAGACUUCGCCGGGAGCGAGAUCGCGGCUUGUGCGCCAUCGGAGACUUCGUCUUCUGCGAGAAUCCUUGGUUUUCUUGGAUCUGGUGUGGGUCUUCUGCCAUCUUUUCGUUUUCUUCAGUGAGAUUUGGUCCACUGUGGGAGUUUCUGUUUGAUUUUUGAGUUUGCGGGCGGUUUCUGUGGAAGUAGCCAUAUAUGAAGUUUGCUUAGAAGAAUAGCUGAUUUCUUCAUAUUAUUAUAUUGUAGAAAUGUAUGAUAAUCUCGGUGCUCAGCCUGGGAUGCAGAGGCCUCCUCUUAACCCUCAACAAAACCCUUUUGGCAAUGCAUUCUAUGGGGCAGGAUCCGGACUAAUUCGGGGUGGUCUAGGAGCAUAUGGAGAGAAGUUUUUGGGCUCAAGUUCUGAGUUUAUGCAAAGUAAUAUCAGCAAGUAUUUCUCCAACCCACAGUACUAUUUUCAAGUCAAUGAUCAGUAUGUUAGGAACAAAUUGAAAAUGGUCCUGUUUCCAUUCUUGCACAGGGGGCAUUGGGCGAGGAUUAGUGAACCAGUUGGUGGCAGGCUGUCUUAUAAACCUCCAAUUUACGAUAUCAAUGCCCCAGAUCUGUACAUCCCUUUGAUGGCCUUUGGCACAUACAUCAUCCUUGCAGGCUUCACUUUUGGUCUUCUUGGAAAGUUUAGUCCAGAAGCUUUGACCUUGCAAUUUACUAGGGGACUUGCCGGUUGGUUUCUGCAGGUCAUACUGCUAAAAGGACUGCUAUAUUCACUUGGUGGAGCGGAAGCACCAUUGUUAGAUAUUGUAGCGUAUGGUGGUUACGCAUUCACAGGCUUGUCGGUGGCAAUCCUUGCGAGGCUUGUCUGGAACUAUUCAUAUUACUUUGUUUUCCCGUGGUUCUGUUUGUGCAUGGGUGUGUUCUUGGUGAAGACGAUGAAAAGGGUGCUUUUCACACAGAUGAAAAGCUACGAGAAUUCGAGCAGGCACAAUUAUCUGUUGUUGCUAAUGGGGAUUGUGCAGUUCCCAUUGUUCUUUUGGCUUGGCAGGAUAGGAGCUUGAACUUGUUAUUUUGGCGGCAUAUUUGUUCAGUUUACACUUCUUUAUAGACUGUUCAUAUAUUGAUGAUGUGUAUCACUAUGGAAAAUAACACUUGUUAGGUUUUGUCAUGUUUGAUACCGGUAAGAUGAUAUUUUCCUGAAUGAAAAGUUGUUAGUAUAAAA